AGCUUAAAUUUUAUGGUUUUCCCAACUAAUUUCUCGACGUCAGAAACUGCCAUAUCGUUUUCUGAUGAGGAGAUUUUUGUAGCCACGCUAUCCAUGUCGGGCAACACAUACACUGACUCAUCCGAUCUAACUUGGAUAGGUUUGAAACAAUUGAAUUACCCGAGUAGCAAAGAUUGGACAUGGACUGAUGGAACUAAGGUUGACUAUCUAGCCUGGGCCCCAACUCAACCAGACAACGCUGGUGGAGUGGAACACUGCGUUCAGUGCCUUUAUUUUCAGCUCUACACGUGCGGGACUAAGAUGAGGGCGUUUGUGUGCAAGAAGAAGUCGAUACAUUGA